CAUUGAUAACACAAGAUCCCGCAUUUUGGGAGUCUCCCAGCUUUUGGCUUGCAAUAUAAUUGAUAGCACUACAGCAAGUACGUGGUAGUUGUGUUUUGGUUAUUGAAUAAAGCAGUCCCAAUGCUCAAAUAUUUACUACUAGUGUCCUUGCUGCCUUUGUGCUUUGCAAUGUCCCUUGAGGACAAGGGACCUUGUCAAGACGAACCCAGUCAAAACCUUACUCUGGUGUGUGCAGAAGCGAACUCUAAGAUCAUAAAGUCAUUACUUAAUCAUGUAGCUGACUUGACACUAAAGUUUAAGAUGCAGGAACAGGAGUUGAACGAGCUUAAAAAUAAAUUGCAAGUGCGUAGAAAUGCCACCCAUUGUGAAAAUGAACUCGAUAUGUGCUUCGAGCAACUGGCAAACAAAAAUAAAAUUAUUCUUGAAGAGUUACACAAUAAAACCGAUGAGUUUAUAAAAGAGUCAAAUUGUGUACAAAAUAUAGAUACUAAUUUGAGCCUGGAGGCAGCGUUAAAUGAAAUAUCAAAGUGUAAAAAAAAUAUAGCAGAUGCUAAUUUGAGCUGGGAGGCAAAGCAAACUAUCAAUAAUUCAUUUAAUGCCAUUGUUGCGCUACGGAAUGAACUAAAAACUUGUGAAGAGAAUGUGGAAAUUCAGUUGAAUGUUUAUGCUGAAAUAAUGAAGAAAACUGCAGAUGAGCUCGAGCAACAAGUAACGCGCACCAACUUGCAACAAGCUGCGUUAAGCACUCUAAAUGCAACUCUUAGUGAAUGCAAAAAUCUCACAGCGAAUCUAGAGUCAGAUGUAGCUAAAAAUAGAGAACUGUCCACUAGCGUUGAUUCGCUUAAUGCGCAAGUAUCGAUUCUGAAUCAAAAAGUUAGCGAAUGUGCUUCGAGCUGGGAGAAGUGUGAGUCCAAUAGCAAUAAUAAAGAUGCAGAAAUAUCAGAUCUGAAUCAACGCAUAAAUGAUAAAGACCAAGAAGUUUCGAGAUCGAAUCAACGCGCAAAUAAUUGGUGGUCAGACUGGGUUAGCUGUAAGCGCAGUGCCAAUGAUAAGGACUAUGAAAUAUUAUCUCUUAAUAGCCAAAUAAACAGACUAUCCUCAAGCAACGAGAGUUGGAAGAGCUCUGCCAAUAAUAAAGAUGAAGAAAUUUCAAGUCUGAAUCAACGCGUAAAUAAUUUAUCGUCAAGCUUGGAUAAUUGUAAUGGCAAUGCCAAUAAUAAAGAGCGGGAAUGUGACCGAGAGAAAUCUAGUCUAAGACACAGAGGCGAUUGUUACAAAAAAAAAUAUAAACACUGCAAGCAUAGAUGCUAUUAAUAUUAAAAUUCUCAUCAAGGACGACGAAAUAGUAA